CAAAAUGGCUUACAAAGAUGCCAGACAGGUGAAAAUUGCUGAAAAACUUGUGAUACUGAAUGAUCGUGCUGCUGGAAUGAUGACACGGAUAUACAAUAUUAAGAAAUCAAGCGGCGAUUCAAAAGUGAAACCACAAUUUCUUAGCGACAAGAAGAUGGAAGGUGCAAUCAAACAUAUAGUUAGAAAGUUUCCUGUUGUUGAUUGCAGAUCGAAUUCAUCGACGUUCGAAUAUGUACAAGAAAAGUCCACGGAAAUUACAAAAUCUUUAUCGCUAUAUUACUACACAUUUGCUGAUAUUCUUGAUUUAAAAGAUCACAUUAUGCAAGUUUUGACAACUAUGGAAUCAUGUCAAUGUCAGCUGGAUGUGACGCUCAAUUACGACCUGACAACGAGUUAUUUGAAUCUUGUUGUACAUCUCGUCACAAUGAUGAUUCUUUUAUCAAGAAUUGAAGACCGGAAAGCUGUUCUUGGACUUUUUAAUGCGGCAUAUGAUCUACAACACGGACAAAGUGAAGCAUCAUUUCCAAGAUUAGGACAAAUGAUUCUUGAUUAUGAAAAUCCGUUAAAAAAGCUUCAUGAAGAUCUCGGACCACUGAACAGGCUAAUUUAUUCAGCUCUUUCUUCUGUUACACACACAUAUCAGCGCAGAAACAAGACAGCAGAUUCAUGGAGAACAUCAAAUGUUUUCUCGUUGACCGCUGCUCCAGCACAAAUUUUAUAUGCUGCUCAAACAGAAACUAUUGCAUGCGAAUAUCUAUCACUCGACGUCAUUGAUCGAUGGAUUGUGUUCUGCGGAACAGUAUGCCAUUCAACUCUUCUUAACGAUGACAACAUUAGGCACAUGUGGCAGCUGGCACUUCAAAUGAAUCUGUGUCUUCGCGUUUUCCGAGACGAAACAUUUAUUGUUCAUCAAGAGAUUCAAGCGUUUUUAGAAUCUUCCAAAGAAAAAAGCAAACGGUUACAAGAUGUUAAAGAUGCGUUCAAUCAUGCAUCUGUUACUGCAGUUGCCGUCCACGCAGACCGUCGCCGCUUCCUUAGAAGUUCUCUUCGAGAGCUGUCACUUUUACUACGAGAUCAGCCCGGACUACUUGGCCCGAAAAUUCUCUAUGUCUGGAUGGCUCUUGGAGCAGGAAGAGAUGAGGUCAUAUGGCUUCUACGGCAUCAAGUUGAAGUUCCUGCUAUCAGCAAAAAAGGCAGCAGAAUGGUCGAGGAGCUUGUUGACAGGCAACUUCCAGAACUGCUAUUUUAUAUGCUGGAAUUAAGAGAUCUCGUUACGAAAUAUUAUGCAGUGAUUCAAAGAUACUAUCUACAGUACGUGUCUAGCUAUGAUUCAAUUGUUGUUUCUGAAGAGAUUAACCAAGCAAAUGGCCUCACCCAGGAAGAAGCGGUUCUUUUGACCGAUUUUGCCAACGAAAUAGGAAAUAUCAACUCUGAUACGGAUCUUCGUGCUCUUCGACUAGACUGGUUUAGAUUUCAAGCUUGGACAUCUGCUGCUCGGAGCCAUUUCCAACUUUCAAGACAUAAAAAACUCGCAAUAUACAUGAAUACUUCAGUUUUUCAUCUGAAAAUGAUCGAUUUGCAAGACGAGAUGCUAAGGGAAACAAGUGAUUUAUCAUUAUACUGCUUCUAUCCAAAACUCGCUGAAAAACAUUGGCUCAACUGUCUCCAGCUACCUGCUCAAGCUCGAUAUGUGCUCAGUUUUGCACGUCUUGCCGCGCAUUUCACAAGCGCCCUCCAUGACAUGUGUCCUGAAGAAAAAGCAUUUAUCACUGAAAAAGCCUUGGCUCAAUGCAAUUCUGUAAUUGAAGAGACGUGCAAACAAUUGUCAUAUAUCCUGGAAAAAGUGGCUGAACAUGAAUUCGGAUUAGCUUAUCAAAUGACACCGAGCGCCGUGGCUGUAAGAGUUGUUGCUCAAGUUGUUCAACAGAAAGGAUCUGGAAAAGCUGCAGCGGCGGCCGCAGCAGCCGCUCGAGAUUAUUUCAUUGCUGGAGAAGAAAGUUAUCGAGUUGAUCGUCAAGCAUUAACAAUGCCUGAUAAGUUGCAAACAACUCUUCUUGAAAUCUCUGCAGCUCUCGGAGCUCAUCGUCAAAUUUACGUUGCUGAUCACACAUUUGCACCGAGGACGUACCUAGCGCAGUCCCUUGAAACUAAAUUUGUAGAAUUGCUUCAUGGAAUGUUCUGGGAAGGUCAACCACAUGCAAGUAAUCCAAAAAGACCAAGUGAAAUGCUCCUUGCGCUACAAGCCUACAUGACGGUUCUUCAAAAUCUUGAUACAGCAAUUUCUGUGGAUAUCAGUAAUACAAUGCAAACAACUCUUCUACAACAAACUCAACUCGUUGAUUCCAAGAAUAAAGACACAAUCGCAGCACUCUACACGAAAUGGUAUCUCGAAGUUUUGCUCCGUCGUGCUUCAUCUGGUCAUAUGGUUUGGAGUGAGCAUCUACGAACAAUGUUAUCAUCAGGACAGGAACAACUCUCGUUCAUGCCCGAUCAUUAUUCAGAUCCUCAAGAAUUGAGAGCAUUGGUUCAAAUUAUCGGACCUUAUGGAGUAAAGUUGAUGACUGAACGGCUGAUUUGGCACGUGGCCAGUCAAAUUAUGGAGAUGAGCAAGAUUGUUGCAACAUACAAAGAUGCUCUACAGAUUGCUAGAUCUAAUUUCGAUAAUGCUGAAAAGAUGAAGGAUGUUUUAAAUCUUUUGAGCGUCGAACCAAAGGACAAGAAAACUCCGAACGCAACAUGCGCAGCUGAUGCAAUUCUGCAAAGAACUAUUAUUAUCGGACAGAUUUGUCUGUUUCGUGAUGCUCUCCACGAUGCUCUUCGUCAUAUCGUCGAAUCUAAAUUGCCAUUUCUUCAAGCAUCAUUUGAUAUGCUUUAUCACAAUUUGGACGAUGUUGAUAAAGUUAAAAUUGGAGAAAUGUCAGCUGCGAUGGGAGUCACAGGACCAGUUGAUAUGUCGUUGGUGAAUGCGGUUCGUGCUCAAAAUCCGAAUAUUCACCCUCAAGAACACUAUGUUAAUAGUUGUCUAUUGAUGGUUGCCGUCGCUAUCUGUAUUCCACGAAUUGGAAUGUCGGAUCUUUCGUCUUACAAGCCUAGCAUUCAAGCCAGCUUGAACAAUAGUCACUGUGUUCCAAUGGCGAUUAACACUAUCGGAUCAGCUCUUUUCCAUCUCCACGAGCAAAAUGAUAUCCAGUCGAGGAUGAAGGAGUUCUUGGCGCUCGCGUCCUCGGGUAUUCUACGAACUAUUCAUGAACGUGAUAACAGUCGACAAAUAUCCGACGACGUUCUUCGUUCCCACACAACUCUCUACAUUAUCCUUGAACAGAUGGUUCGGAAAAACCGUUGGCUGUCGAUGGAUGUUCUUGAAACCUGUUUCCCAUAUAAUCUCGUCCGUACAGCCUACCAACAAUGCUACGAGGCUGAUGCUCAAUAAUUUUAUCUGCGAUCCCAAUAUGUACAGCUACGAUCCCUUCUCACAUACUUCCUGUGCCUGUAUUUUAUUUAUUUUAUUUUUCUUUCUUCAACGAACCAUUACUAUACGGGUUCCCGCUUCCGAAUACCGCCUUUUUGACUAUUAUUCCCUGCAUUUUCGUGUGAAUCAUUGCUCCCAAGUACUCAUUUUGCCUUCCAUUUGGCUUUAAUUUAUUGCAGUUUGUCGUCAUAAUAAACUUUUUAUCAAUUUA